AUGCGUCUGACCCCGGCACUACGGCGCCACACAUUGCCGUGGCUCAUGGGGCUGAAAUCAGUCCAGCUCCAACGCGUCGCACGCGCCACGGGAAUUCAGUCGUCUGGAACAAAUGGCAUGCUCAUGGAGCGCAUUCAGGAUAUGCUUGCUCCGUACUUGCUCCCACCGACGGGGGAUACCCGGAAGGGGGGGAUGCAUAGUGAAAAGCCGAUGAGUAUCCUCAGUAUCGAUAUGGGGAUUCAGAAUCUCGCUUUCGCCCAUCUGAAAGUCCCUCCCUCCGACCAAGAGAGGGUACCAGAAUUGACAGCCUGGCGCCGGCUCGCCAUGUCUGAGAUCUCGAGGUUGGAUUUAAAGUCGACAUCUGGCGUGCAGGCUGUGACUGUUCCGCAGAGUCCAGAGGCCAGUCUCUCACAGCCAAAAGCCAGAGCACGAACGACCGAAGAUCCCACCCCGGAAAAAAUGGGAAAGAAAAAUAAAGAAAAAGAAUCAUUCUGUCCUGCCAUCUAUGCCAAAAACGCUUACAUCCUAAUCAACACCCUCCUACAUACCUACAACCCAACGCAUGUCCUAAUUGAGCGCCAACGGUUCCGCUCAGCUGGCGGCAGCGCCGUCCAGGAAUGGACAAUCCGCGUUGGCGUAUUCGAGGGCAUGCUCUAUGCUGUCCUACACACAUUACUCCAAGAGCGCAGCUCCGAGGUUGAGAUCCACGGGAUCGAGCCAAAGCGGGUGGUGAAGUACUGGAUUGAUAAGGAGCGGGGUGGAGAGAAGAUGAGUGCCAGGGAGGUGAAGAAAGCGAAGAUUGAGAUUGUGGGGGGAUGGUUGGAACAAGGGAGGGUUGGAAUUGAGAAGGAUGUAGAGGAUCUUGUGGGGGCUUAUUUGGGGAAAUUGAGGAAGGAUGGGAAGAGUGAGGUGGGCAAGUUGGAUGAUUUGGCGGAUUGUUUGUUGCAGGGGGUGACUUGGUUGGAGUGGGAGGGCAUGAGGGGGAGGUUGGGGCAGGAUGGGUUUGGGGCAUUGGAUGGUAAGAAAUAA